AUGGAUGAAUUUGACGAUAUCUUGCUUGAUGAUUAUGAUAUUGAGCAAAAUAUAAAUCAUGCUGCUAAUACAACUACCAACCCAAGCCCUUCGACUGAACAAGAAGUAGCCAACGAAGUAUCCGAUAAAAAACCAUCUCAAAAAAGAGCCAAAUUAGACGAAGAACGAUUACUCGAUACCAAUGGCAUCUAUGCUCUAAAGAACCGAAGUCAGUAUUUGACAUUCAAAGGAAAAGGACAUGAAGCAAAAGAUCUAAAGAACUUGAUGCAGUUUUACAUGUUUUGGGCCAACAAUCUGUUUCCUAAACUCAAGUUUCAGGAUUUUGCUAAACGAGUAACAAAACCUGCAUCAUCAGCUCGAGUCAAAGCUGUCAUUAAAGAAUGGCAAGAUGAAUACAAGGAACGAAGACAAGUGCGAAUCGAUAUAGACAAAGAACUAUCAGGACAAGGAGUACAAAGUGAAGAUGAAUAUGAUACAAGUCGUACACAAGAAGACGAUGCAUCUUCAGAAGAUGAUAAUCGACCUUUGUUUAUUCCUAUCACAAAGCCUCUUCCUGCCAACAAACCAAAAGCUAAAAAGAUCACUCGACAACAAGAAGAGGAACCUUUGUUUAAUUCACAACAACAACAACAACAACGUAAGCGUAAAAUGGUAUCUUUGGAUGAUAGCGAAGAAGAAGAAGAAGAAAGCGCAAAGAGUAGACAGGAUAUAUUGGCUUUAUUACAACAAAAGAGAAAAAAGAAGGAAGAAGCUAAAAAGCAAGAAGAAAAAGAAAGAGCUUUAGAAAAGAAAAAUGCAGAAUUAGAGAGAGCAGAUCAAGAUAUCCUACAGGAACUGGCGGGCGAUGAUAUCGAAUUAGAGCUUUCAAGCAAUGAACUUAUGGAACUCAACAUACCUUCUGCAGACAAUGACCAGGAAAUGCAGGACAUUGAAUAA